AUGUGCGUGGUUUUGGGCCUUCUCAUCUUAUCAUACAUUGCCUAUCGUUUAUAUCAACAUUUUUUUCCUACACCAAAUAUCGAUCCCCGUGGAAAAUAUGUUCUCAUCAGUGGUUGUGAUUCUGGUUUUGGACAUGAACUAGCUAUUGAACUUGAUAAAAAAGGUUUUCAUGUUUUCGCUGGUGUCUUCGUUCCGAAUAACGUAAUUUCGCUGCAAAAUAAACUUUCAUCAAAUGCGACUGUUUUUCAUCUUGAUAUAACUAAACAAGAAGAUAUCGAUGCUGCAUUUAAACUAGUGAAAGAAAAAACUCCUGUAUUAUGGACUUGUUAA